AUGGCCGAUGGAUUCGGAGAGCCCCUCUUUAACCCCUUCCGAGCAAAAGUCGAUGACUUCUUUCCCGGACCCAACCAUACAGGCAAGUCAAUUGAUGACCAUUCUGCCAAGCUUCUUCGAGGUCUUGAGGGUAUCGCUCAAACAGGAGAUCGUCCGAUUAUCCUUGUCGCCCGCGACCUUGGCGGUCUCGUGUGCGCAAAUGCGUUAUCUAAGCAGGAUGCUGACCCGGCCGUCGUCAACAAUAUCCGUGGGCUUGCCUUUUUUGAGACACCAUUCGAAGGCAAAACGGCUGCCAGGUGGGCGAAAGCCGCUCAAGACUUAUUCGCCUUUGACGGAUCGAAUAUGCCCAGCAACCUGAAGGAGCGGACUUGGAAACUCAUUGGUGUCAACAACGAAUUUUUGGAGUUUUUGAAGCCCCGCAAUGAGCAUCUUCAGAUCCAGUGCUUCUACAAGAUGUACGCAUCAUCGCCACUACUGUCUGAAGAUGAAUUGGUCGAGAUUGCGAGUGAGAACUGGGACGAGAUUUCUUCUCAGCUAGCCCAGUGGAUUAAAGAAUUUGGCACGCCACCGGCCAAACCUGAAGAUGCCCCAGUUCCUCCAGGGUCUGCGGUAGUGGGUGACACCAACUAUUAUAAAGAGAUUUCGGGAAACUCGGGGGUGGUGGCAGGAGGGAUUGCCAACACUAGUCGAGACGGUAUCCGCGUGACGGGUUCUUCCACGACCAACAACUACCGGGGCAAGGGCCAUCGACCCAGAAACGAUAGUUCCUUACUGAAGACUGGCCCAGAGCGACGGCGCUAG